UUUUGGGGUGGGGGAGGGGAGCUCCGCCCUGCGUGGCCCCGCCCCUUCCUGGUCCCCGCCCGUUUAGUGGGGGGGCCCCACCCGGCACCGCCCCGGCGCGGGGCAGCGGCGGCUGCGGGAUGCACCCGGAGGAGGCGCGGAGGACGGGCCGAGGGAGGACGACGCCCGCCAUGAGCUCGUCGGCGCUGCUGGCCGAGGGCCCCCUCGACCCUCCGGUGCUGCUGGCGGACAUCAAGACGGAGCCCCCCGAGGAGCUGCUGGCCAGCGACUGCGGCCAGCCCCAGGCGGAGCCCGUGGAUCUCUCUCUCAACAAGUCCAAGGUGGCAGCAGCAACCUCCGCCCCCCCACCGCCGCCUCCUGUCUCGGUGCAGUCCUCCCCGUUGCUGGUGGCUCCUCCGCUCCCUGCUCCCGCCACCGUCUCCAUCUCCCCCUCCGGGCUCAGCUCCACCUCGGCCAUCCCAGCGGUGCUGUCGCCCGGCUCCAUCCUGGCCUCCACGCAGGGCAGUGGUGGGCAGCAGAUCCUCCACGUCAUCCACACCAUCCCCUCCGUCAACCUGCCCAGCAAGAUGGGCAACCUGCAGACCAUCCCCGUGGUGGUGCAGUCCCUCCCUGUCGUCUACACCACCAUGCCCACCGAUGGGGUCACCGCCAUCACUGUGCCCCUCAUAGGGGGGGACGGCAAGAACGCCGGGUCUGCUUUUCUUUCCCGCCCCCCACCAGUGAAAAUUGACCCGGGCUCCAUGUACCCCAUGGACAUGAACAGCGACAGCGAGGACAGCGCCUCUGAGAGUGGCCCGGCCCCUUUCCAGGACCUCCAGAGAGAGCCGGUGGCACGGGCACAGCGAGCAGAGUCCCCCGACCUGAAGAAGCGGCGCAUCCACCAGUGCGACUUUGAGGGCUGCAAUAAGGUUUACACCAAAAGCUCCCAUCUCAAAGCUCACCGGCGGAUACACACAGGCGAGAAGCCGUACAAAUGUACCUGGGAAGGAUGCACCUGGAAGUUCGCCCGCUCCGACGAGCUGACCCGGCACUUCCGCAAGCACACGGGCAUCAAACCCUUCCGCUGCUCGGACUGCGACCGCAGCUUCUCCCGCUCUGACCACCUUGCCCUGCACCGCCGGCGGCACAUCAUGAUGUGAGGAGCCCCCAUCCCCGGGGCUGGGACUGAGGGGAAAGUGGUGGAAAAUGGGGGUGCAUCCCCCCCUGCUCCUCUGUGUGCGAUGGAAGAACUGCAGGAGCAGAGAGGCCGAAGUCUGCCUGGUAGAGAGAGAACUGUGGCAGCUUCAGGACCCCCGCUGACAC